AUGCAGGUGCUCAAGAUAGCAGUUCUGGUGGUGUUCCUGUUCACCGCUACCGUGAAAGCUGGCGCAGAGCAGCUAGCCUCCAUUUUGCCUUCCUGUGCGCUUGAGUGCAUGGUGUCUACCAUGGCACAAACGUCCUGUGCAGCUACAGAUCAGAAAUGUCUGUGUACAGAUGCCAAGUAUACUGAUGCACUUGAGAAGUGUGUACUUGUCAGUUGCACAAUUCGUCAAUCUUUGACUACGAAAAAUGUCACAACAUCGGCCUGUGGAGCCCCGAUACGAGACCGAACUAAGGUCGUUUCUUAUGCUGGAGUCGCGGGUGGUAUAGUAGCUCUGAUUGCCUACAUUCUCAGAAUGGUGGCUCGUUUCAAGUGCUCUGGAACAUUUGGAAUGGAUGAUUGGACAAUGACAUUGACAAUGUGUCUCGUCAUUCCGCUCAGCGUACUCUCGGUUGUCUUGGCUGAUACCGGCUUGGGAAGAGAUUUGUGGACGCUUCCACUGGACAAUAUUACCCACAUUCUUUAUAUCUACUUUUGGGAUGAGCUGAUAUACCUGAGCAUCCUACCUCUCACCAAGAUCUCGAUUCUUUGCUUCUAUCUUCGUAUCUUUCCAGAGCGCCGCUUUCGAAUCGUGACUUACUUUGUCAUUGGACUGAAUGUGUGUUACCUGAUUGUCUUCGUCUUGAUCUCAGUGUUCCAAUGUCGACCACUUCCUGGAGCAUGGCUUCAUUGGGAUGGCGAGGGUGAUUAUAAGUGCAAUAACAUCAACGCACAGGGCUGGGCGUCUGCCAUAAUCAACAUGGCCCUUGACAUAAUUGUCAUGGCUCUUCCAUUACGACAGCUCUACAAUCUCAAUCUGUCCGCGAGGAAGAAGGCUUAUGUAAUGUGCAUGUUCGGACUGGGUAUCUUCGUGACACUUGUCAGUAUUCUACGCUUGAACUCACUUAUUCACUUUGCCUCCACGGAAAACUUGACAUGGGACUACGUGACUAUCGGCUACUGGAGUACGAUUGAAUGCGACGUCGGGGUUAUAUGUGCCUGCCUGCCCGCGAUCAGAUCUUUGUUACGCCAGGCUGCCCCUGGAAUGUUUGGUGACACUGAGCAAACCAAGUCAUAUGGGAUGAACUCUCAUUCUCGUGGAAACUCUCGAUUGGAAUCCUCGAUCUACGUGCAAGGCAAAGGAGAAAAUCGACAGUUUUACCCACUGAACGAUAUAGAGACUUCUAGUGAAGCUCGUUUACACCACCGGACCUAA